ACCAAAAACUGGUGGCUGUGGCCACCUACAAAGUUAUUUCCACCAUCCUGGAACCUUAUUUCUGACAUGGAAUCUGUUCUGCCUGGGUAGUGGGGGCCCAGUCAGGGAGACACCUGCCACCUGCAUCCCUCAGCCACCCACAGACCUCACUGGGCAGACAGGCCUCUCGCUGAUGUCGAAGCCGCCGGCGCUCAUGGCGGGCUUGGAGGUGCUCUUCGCCUCGGCGGCGCCGGCUAUGAGCUGCGCGCAGGACGCGCUCGUCUGCUUCCUGCACUGGGAGGUGGUGACGCACGGCUACUACGGCCUGGGCGCCGGCGACCAGCCAGGUCCCAGUGAUAAGAAGUCAGAACUGCUACCAGCUGGGUGGAGCAAUAAUAAAGACCUGUAUGUCCUCCGUUAUGAGUCCAAGGAUGGGUCCAGAAAGCUCCUGGUGAAAGCUGUCCCUGUGGAGAACAGCAUGAUCAUCAAUGUGCUGGAAUAUGGCUCACAGCAAGUGACAGACUUGACUCUGAACUUAGAUGAUUUUAUCAGUGCAGAAGACCUGGGUGACUUCCACAGGACCUAUAAGAACAGUGAAGAGCUUCGGUCUCGCAUCAUAUCUGGAAUCAUCACACCUCUCCAUGAGCAGUGGGACAAGGCUAGUGAAAGCAGUACCCAUAGGGAGUUCCCUCCUGCCACCGCCAGAGAGGUAGACCCUCUCCGGAUUCCUCCACACCACCCACACACCAGCCGGCAACCUCCCUGGUCUGAUCCCCUGGGCCCCUUUGCUGUCGGGGGAGAAGACCUAGACCCCUUUGGGUUCCAGAGAGGUGGCAUGAUCGUGGACCCCCUGAGGUCUGGCUUCCCAAGAGCACUUAUUGAUCCAUCCUCGGGUCUUCCAAACCGGCUUCCUCCAGGUGCAGUUCCCCCAGGAGCUCGCUUUGACCCCUUUGGACCCAUUGGAACCAGCCCCUCUGGACCCAACCCAGACCAUCUCCCUCCGCCGGGCUUCGAUGACAUGUACCUGUGAAGGCCUCAAGAAUGUAACCUCCCAGCCUCCCCUCUACUUUCCUGUAACUGCCACCACUGGCCCCACCAGCAGCUGUGUUCUUGUAGGCUGGGAGCAAGGGACUCUGCCCAUGUAUUUGCAGGUCAGCUGGGAUUGCCUCCUCCCUGCUUCUUCAAGGCAAGGCACCUGCUACAGUUCUCCACCUGGCUGUACAUAGGUCACAAAGAGAAGUCAGUGUGUGUCUCACCACCAGCUCCUCCCUGGUUCUCAUGGGAGACUCCGGCAACUCACACCUUCUACCCCGUACAGCCUGAGUUGCAGUGCUUUAAGAACAGAAUGCAUUUUGGAUGUUAUUAUUAAGAACCAAAUGUCAAUACAAAAUUCAUGUUGCCGGUU